GUUGUGUGUAAAUGCUUUGCCGUGGAAUUGUCAUGUUUCGCGUACAGUGGGCGCCACGCCAUUUAGCUUGUGACCGUUUACAUAGGGACGCGGCAUAACCUUAACACGUAUUACGAUAGAGAGUUGUAGCAUUCCCUGCAAGAAAUGCGCAGUGUACUCCUCUUUUCAGGUCCCAGGCUGGGUGUCACACUUACGUUGCUCAUCUUGACAUGGGCGACAUCCGCGUUCGGUAACAGCUUACAACCCAUAUCUAUACUAGUUUGGUUGCAUCCCAUAAUCCUUCUCCUUGCAUAUGAACGCGCGGUGCAGUCCUUUCAAUCGUCCAUCCUCGCACAUGCUUCCAUCAUCAUCGUCCAAGCCCUGGGCACCACCGUAGCCAUGGCUGGGGCGCUAUCCUAUCCCACCACCACUCCCUUAUCCCUACUCGCGACCUUCACCCUCGGCCUCUUCCUCGCUGCCGCAACCACCUUCGGCGCUCUACUUCCCUCCUUCCAACUUCUCCGCCUCACAGCCCGUCUUCUCCCUCCCAGCAACCCCACCUCCCCUUCUUCCCUCCCCCUUCUCGGCCGCAUCCUCCUCGUCCUCCCUCUGUACGGCUUCCCCAUCCUUCAAACCGCCGUCACCUCCCUCACCGGACUGCUGCUCUCACACAUCUACGACCCAGGCGUCGCCAUCUCCGACUGGCCCGCCCUCGCUCAGCUCACCUCCCUCUUUGGCCUCUGGCUGCUCAACUUCCUACCCGCCCUAACCGCCUCCGCAGCCCACCUGCUUCUCACUUCCGAGCCCCUUCCGUUGGAGCCCCAACCGACGCAAUCGUCCCAACUGACACAACCAACCCAGACGCAACCGACUCAGGCACAAUCCACCACAUGGUCACGACUGAAUCGACCCUUGCGACGGCACAUAACUGCCGUACCAGCGUUAUUCGUACUGCUAACCGCCAUUGGCGGCGGCCUAGUGUACGACGGGUCGUACUACCAACGACCAGUGGCGGCGGCGGUUGCGUCGGAGCAACGACUCGCCGCGAGCUGCGUCGUCAAUGAGGGGGCGCGACCUGGCAGCGAGGACUACCUGUGGAUCUGGAAGGUGACGGCGGAACGGGUGGUUGCGGGGGACCACUUCGUAUUGUGGGCGGAAGAGGCGGUGGCUCUGGAAGGCGAGGAGCAGGAGGCGGCGUUGCUGGAGGCGGGUCGGGAUCUGCUGCGGACCCAUGGGUCGCCUGGAGCAGGCACGUACCUGGGCCUAACCUACCAAAAGUAUCUCACCAGCAACGCCACUAGCCGCAACCUCAACAGUAACAGCGGCAGCAGUGUUAACAACCGCUUGCCUCGUAACAAGGCAGGGCAGCGGGCACCACGGCAGCAGGGCUACGUCAGCGGCGAGGGCGGUGGCGGUGGCGGUGGCUCCUCCAGCAACCACUUCGUGCUGCUGGGUCCCGACGGGGUAGUGGUGUGGGACUACCUGAAGGCCUUCCCCGUGCCGCUGGUGGAGGCGGGCGUGGUGGCGGGCCCCGCCCACCUACCGGUAGCGGACAGCCCCUACGGCCGCCUGGGGGGCGCCAUCUGCUUCGACAUGGACCAGCCGCAGUACGUACGGCAGGCGGGGGCGGCUGCCGUACAGCUGAUGCUGCAGCCCUCAUGGACGUGGGGCGCAGUGGGGCCGCGGCAUGUGGCCUCCAAUGCGCUUCGGGCGGUGGAGAACGGGUUCACGUUGCUGCGCUUGCAUGCAUGCACGCAUGCAGCUGCAGCAGCGACGGCGUCAGCGGCGUCAUCUCCCCCCGCGGCCUGCCCCACCACCUGAUGCUCACAGCCGCGCACCGGGACCUCCUCACCUUCCAGCUGCCACUGCCACUGCCCAGCAGGCAGCAGCCAGGGCAGCAACAGCAGGGGCAGCAGCAGCAGGGGCAGCAGCAGGGGCAGGGCGGCCCAGCCCCCCGCCCCGCCCGCACCCCCUACGCGGUCUGGGGCUGGCUGGCGGAGUGGGUCAACCUGGCGUUUGCUGGGGUGCUGUGGGUGGGGUUGUUGGUAGUAGGGGCGGUGGGGUUGAAGCGAGG